AUGACGACGUUACGAAUUCAAGGGAAGGAUAUCCCGGACUUGGAUGGGAAAAUUGCUGUUAUAACUGGAGGCUCAUCUGGAAUUGGAUGGGCUACGGCCACCAUAUUUGCCAAUAAAGGCGCCGAAGUCUACAUCCUUGAUAGAGAAGAGCCGAAUGCAUUUAUUCCACAAGGAAUAAAGUACUUGUAUUGCGAUAUUACCCAAUGGUCUGAUAUCGUUGCAGCACUGAAGAGGGUCGGAGCUUUUCACAUCGCUGUCGCUAAUGCCGGAGUAAGCGAAGACGCAGAUUAUCUCAACGAUACGUAUGAUGAGAGGGGUGACUUGGUCGAGCCGGUAUACAAGGUCAUCGAUGUCAAUCUCCGAGGAACUCUCAACUUUGUCAAACUUGCCUUGCACGGCAUGAAGAAAAAUUCUGUCGAGGGCAGCAUAGUGAUAACUUCGAGUGCAACGGCGUACUCUGCUGAACAGUCUCUGCCUGUUUACAGUGCUACGAAAGCCGCGUUGGUCAAUUUUAUUCGAGCAAUGCGCUCUAACCUCAGCGACACUGGGAUCACUAUCAACACUGUUGUACCAGCCGCGACCAUCACCAAGCUUUUACCGGCGGAUCUGGCAGCCCCAAUUAUAGCAGCCGGAUUGCCCGUUAGUAGUGCUCACUUUGUGGGGCUUGCUGUUGCAUACUCGGCAACUGCUUUAGAACAGCACAAGGUAGAGGGAUACGGGAAAGACACGGAGGAGUGGAAGGGGUUGCCAGGGCGCUGGAAUGGACGAGCUAUCUUGACAUUAGGGGAUAGAUACACGGAGCUUGAAGGUCCCAUCUCCGAUGCGCGCGUAUUAUGGUUCGGGGAGGCGAAUCUCUCCGAGACUAGGAUGCAGCAAGCAGCUACAGACUUUAGACAGUUGUAA